GGAGGGGUAUAACUGGAAAUUUUUUCACAUCGAUUAAAUUGGUUGAAAACCUAAUCGCCUUAAACCCUAAUUGUAUCAUCCUCUUCCUUGCGUUCUCUCUUUCUCUCUCUCGCCGACGACGAAAACAUGGGUGCCAAGGCGAAGAAAGCUUUGAAGAAGAACAUGAAGAAGGUUGCUGCUUCGGCUUCUUCUUCUCAGCUACCUCUUCCCCAGAACCCGAAACCUUCAGCUGAUUUUUUGCCACUAGAAGGAGGUCCAGCUCGAAAAGCUCCAGUUACCACCCCACCUCUUCAGAAUAAAGCUACUGUGCUAUACAUCGGUAGAAUCCCUCAUGGCUUCUAUGAGACUGAGAUUGAAGCUUUCUUCUCGCAGUUUGGAACAGUUAAGAGAGUUAGAGUCGCCAGAAACAAAAAGACUGGGAAAUCAAAGCAUUUUGGGUUCAUACAGUUUGAGGACCCUGAGGUGGCGGAAAUUGCAGCGGGUGCAAUGAAUGAUUAUUUGUUGAUGGAGCACAUGCUUAAAGUCCAUGUCAUUGAACCAGAGAAUGUUAAACCCAAUCUGUGGAGAGGGUUUAAAUGUAACUUCAAACCAGUGGAUUCGGUUCAGAUUGAGCGAAGACAACUUAAUAAGGAAAGGACAUUGGAAGAGCAUAGGAAAAUGUUGCAGAAGAUAGUUAAAAAGGAUCAGAAAAGGAGGAAGAGAAUCGAAGCCGCUGGAAUAGAAUACGAAUGCCCUGAGCUUGUUGGAAACACACAGCCAGUCCCGAAGAGGAUCAAGUUUAGUGAAGAAGACUAAAAGCUGAAGCUGAACAACACUUUUCCGAUAACCUUUUUUGAAUAGAAAUCUGUUCUGUUGUACUCUUGAUAUUGGAUCAAUAACUAAACUUUAAAGUUUGCAAUGAAAACUUCUGUUUCAAUGAUUCAGAUUUUCUGUAUAGCAUCAAGAUACUUUCCCGAGACAGCGGGUGUUAGAUUCUCUCUGUUGAAACCGCUCUUUCUAGGUGCAACGGUUGCGAUGAGAACAAAAUUCUCACCAUUUCCUACAUCGAUCUCAUACAACUCGGCAAAGACAUGUCUAAACUGGUCUUGAAGCUCUUGGUAAAAUGUCUUGUUCGGAGGAAUGACAUUGAUAAUGAAAACCCCAGAAGGAACAAGAACAGUUCUUGCAGCUAGCAACACAUCUUUAGCCACAAACUCAACCGGAGGAGCAGUCAUGCCGUGAAUUGGAUCAGUAGAGUCCAGAUCAACCAUCAAGACAUCAAAUCUGGCAUCAUCAUCACAGCUUUUAGAAAGUCUCUUUAAGAACUCAAUACCAUCUUCAACGUGAACACGAGCUAAGCUUUCCUCUAACCCGAAGUAUUGCCUUGCAAUCCUCAAGACUUCAGGAUCUAUCUCUACGCCUGUAACUUCGAACCCUAACUGUAGCCUUAAGAAACUUAGCAAUCCACCACCUCCAACCCCAAUGCACAAUGCCUUUGGUUUAGAUUUGAGAUGAUCAUAUACAUCAGAACCAAUCAAGCUAAGACUUGCCACCAUUGGUGCCAAGUAAGGAUGCACAAGUUCCGUAAGAUCAAGCUUGAACUCUGUUCCCAUUAAUGGCAGAGAAGGAUUCGAACAACUUCUGGGAAUGAUUUUAAUGGCAGAUUGAACUAAAUUUGGCAUUCUCUUAAACCUCAAUCUCCUCCUAAAUUCUCUAACUCCAUCAUCGAUCUCAAUCUCUACAUCUUCAAUUAACAUUUCACCAACGAAAGGCCCGACGCAUUUUUCAAUCUCUACACUGGAGACAACAUUAUCAUCGUAAAUCAGAAAAGGCACAUCGUCGAUUUCUUCUCGUGUUAGGGUUUUAGGUAACAAAGCUACCACAAGAGGUUUCAAUCUUAUCUCGAGUUUCUCAGAUUCGUCGUCUUCGCCGUUCGGUCGGUGAUAAACCGCAGGUAAAUCAGAGUCAGUAUCGUGAUCAUCACCGAUCAAGAUCAAUCGAGAGAUUUCUGGCAUGUUAAGGAGAAGCUGUAAUUGACCGGACUCAGUGGAGAAGAUCCAAUCGGAUUCUCGGUGCUUGGGGACGAGAAUGGCGGCGACUCGGGGAGGAGAAGACUCAGUGGAAUGAACAGGCGAGUCGAGGACGGCGACGCGGAGGAGAUGAAUCGGAGAAUUAGGGUUAGGGAUAGUGAAAGAGAUGAAACGAGAAGGAGAGGUUUUCUCGAAGAUUCUCACAUCAAGCGCCAUUUCCUUGAUUUUGAUUUCACCAUCAUCCAUCUUCGUCUUUUUAUGAUGCUGCUUACAGUUAACCGUAA